UCAAGUGCUGAGGCUUGUUGUUGAAGCUUGUGACGCUGAUCGUGUAUUUUGACGUGGCCACUACGUAUCCUGCAAAUUUAUCCACUCCGAUUGCGGCAAAGUUGGUGACGAAAAGUACGUAACCGAUAUGUCUGAAGGCAAUGCUCAAGGAGAUCUAGAAAAUGGUUCACAAGGUAUAUCAGUAGUUCAUGUGACUAUUCCCAACCAGCCUGUCCAAGUCCAGUCUGUGAUACAGUCAAACCAACACUCCGUCAUUCAGUCUGCUGGCAGUACUGGCAAUGUCCAGACUAUUCAAGUUGUCAGAGUCGCUGCUGUUGAUGAUGAACUAUCUUCAGAUGACUCAGAUGCCAAAAAGAGGAGAGAGAUCCUAGCAAGAAGGCCAUCAUAUAGAAAGAUCUUGAAUGACUUAUCAUCACCUGUGUCUAAGAUGGAUGAUGAAUCUAAUGACAGUCAAAGCCAGGAUGGUCAGGAAAGUAAUGAGGCAGCCCAGAAUCUCACCAGUUCAGCCAAUGCUGUCCAGUACCAGCAAGCAACAGUUGUUCCUGCAGGGGCCAUCCAGAUCACGACUCAUCCUGAUGGUACACCUGUGUCACAAGGACUCCAGACAUUGACAAUGUCAAAUGCCAGUCCCUCAACAGGGGCUCAGGGGGCUACUAUUGUUCAGUAUGCACAGGGACCUGAUGGGCAGUUCUAUAUACCGGGUACUGUGUCAGUUGGUGGAACAGGAGUCCAGGCAUACCAGAUUGCUACAUCAGGUGCCCUUCCCCAAGGAGUGGUGAUGGCUGCAGCCGGGAGUCCUAUCACAAGUCCAGGAGGACAUGGAGAGGAGGCAUCACGCAAGAGAGAACUUAGGCUGCUUAAAAAUAGAGAAGCUGCUCGAGAGUGUCGAAGAAAAAAGAAGGAAUAUGUCAAGUGCCUCGAAAACAGAGUGGCAGUGUUAGAAAAUCAGAACAAAACUUUAAUUGAAGAGUUGAAAGCUUUGAAAGAGUUAUAUUGUCAGAAGGAUACAUAGAAUGGCAGAUGUGUGUCUUGAGUGGACAAGAUAUGUUGCAUUAGUCCCAUGAGGGGCAGGAGAUACCUCAGGGUUUGAAUGAGAGGAAAGGAGAGAGAAGAAACUCCAGUCUCAAUAUUCAUAAUAUCUGGAUGUGAGGAAUGGGUGUAAACACUCAAUGUGUUGUGUUCCAAGGCACACUGGUGUAUUCUAUUCAUAAUACCUAUGUUAGAAGACACUACCUGGACAGUCAGGCCCAGGUGAAAUGGAUGGCCAGCCAAGUUUAUCACUCCAUGGUGGCAAGUGAAGAAAGAGUGCAGUGGAAGUGCAGUGUUUGGUGCAGACCUAGUAUGGUGACCAGUGCUGGUCCUUUCCACUCUGUUGUUUGUACAACAGAUAGAUGGUGCUAGCUGAUGACAGAGUGGAAUUUCAUUUCUUAUCUGUUUCUAAAAGAGCAACAGCAUGUUCUCAAUAGAAGGAUUUGUUCCCAUGUCUCAUACUUAUUUAAAUCUCACCAUUUUGUUUGUAUAUAUUGUGAAUCUGUUUUGUUGGUCAGUCAAAUUUUAUGUCUGCUGUCAGACGUACUUGUGUAACUGUGGGGGUGUUUUACCCCUUGUGCCAAGUGUCUAUCUACAUAUAGUUACCUGGAUUUGUUAUUUGUAAGAUUGUAUAAGUAGCACACUGUAUAUGCUUGUUGUUAAAGUUUCCGAAACAAAGGAAUUGUAACAUGUUUUACAUGUAAAUACAGAUACUUACAUUUCA